CCUCUCUCCACUCUCUACCUAUUCCCACUCACUGCCCAUCCCCACGCCAUGGUCCGCGAACUCAUCACCAUUCAGGUCGGACAGUGCGGGAACCAGGUCGGGUGCAGGUUCUGGGACUUGGCUCUGGCCGAGCACUCCAAGGCGGCGGAAGAGGCGGGCGGAGGGCGGGAGAGAGAGAGGGCAGGGCCAGUCUAUGAUGAUGCGCUCUCGUCGUUCUUUACAAACGUUGACUCGAGGAGUGGGAGGCGGCUGGACGUCGGGUCGCGGCUGGCGUCGCUGCGGGCGCGGGCUGUGCUGGUGGACAUGGAGGAGGGCGUGGUCAACUCGAUCGCCGCCUCGCCGCUGGGCGAGCUCUUUGAGGCCAAGCAGUUUAUCACCGACCAGUCGGGAUCGGGCAACAACUGGGCCCACGGCCACGCCAUGUACGGCCCGCAGUACGCAGACGCGCUGGCCGAGUCGAUCCGGGUUCAGGCCGAGGCCUGCGACUCGCUCCAAUCGUUCUUUUCGCUCCACUCGAUGGGUGGCGGAACUGGGUCGGGCCUUGGCACCUUUAUCCUCAACCUCCUUGCUGAUGAGUACCCGUCGGUCUACCGGUUCACGACUGCGGUCUUCCCGUCGCCGGAUGACGAUGUGGUGACUUCGCCGUACAACUCGGUCCUCGCCGCUGCGCAGCUUGUCGAGCACGCAGACUGCGUCCUCCCGCUGGAAAACGCGUCGCUACUCUCGAUUCUCUCACGGAUCGAGGUAGAUCUUACGCCGCGUGAGCGCGCGCGCCGCAAGGCUGACUCGGCGCUCACCGACGCGCCCGACUACGCGUCAGACUCGUCGGCGAGCUCGUCGGCAUAUGUGGCAGGAACCGGCGGGGCGGUCAAGAAGAAAAAGGCGCGCGCCUUUGACAAGAUGAACAACAUUGCUGCCCGUCUCCUGCUCAACCUGACGGCAUCGAUGCGGUUCGAGGGCUCGCUCAACGUCGACCUCAACGAGGUGACGAUGAACCUCGUCCCGUUCCCGCGCCUCCACUUUCUUCUCUCUUCGCUCACGCCGCUGUACUCGCUCGCUGAUGUGGCACUUCCACCGCGGGCGCUCAAUCAGAUGUUUUCGGACGCCUUUGCGCCUGCUCACCAGCUGACGUCGGUCGACCCGCGUGUCGGCGCGUAUCUGGCCUGCGGGCUCAUGGUCCGCGGCGACGUGCUCAUGUCGGACAUCCGUCGCAACAUCGACCGCAUGAAGCCGCGCCUCAACUUUGCAUACUGGAAUCAAGAAGGUUGGAAAGUGGGCCUCUGCGCCACGCCGCCCAUCGGCCAGAAGCGCUCACUCCUCACCCUCGCCAACCACACUGGCAUGGCCACUAUGUUUGACGGCCUCCGCGCCCGCUUCCUCAAGCUCUACGCCCGCAAAGUCUACAUCCACCACUACACCAAGUACAUCGAGCAAGAGGCGUUUACCCAGGCGCUCGAGACCGUCGAGGCCAUGAUCUCUGACUACUCGGCGCUCGAGUCGGCCGCCCCGCCGCCGGUCUCGUCCGGCCUGCGGGUGGCAUCGACGUUUUAACGCCGGGCGAGCCGCUCACUCGCGUAGCGUGACUCACCCGAGGUACGCGCGCAUGUCACGGAGCCACGCCAUGUAGUCGCGGUGGACCUGCUCCUCGAGGAAUGCGUUGAUUCGCCCGACAAGCGCCUCGUCGACGCCGCGGGCCUCGAGGUAGUCAAGCACCCCGUCCUCGAUGUCGGCCUCGUGACCGACGCUCACGCUCAUCUCCUCCUGCGAGAACUCGUGGACCCGAAGCUUGCGGUCACCCUGCUGGCCGACCUUGAGCUUCUCCACCGCGUAGUCGCCCUUCUCCACCACACACUCGGCAACAAGCACGCCGCCGUUGGGCUUGGACAACUGGACCUUAAAGUUGCUCACUAGGUCCUCA